AUGGGGGACUGGGACACCGAGGCCAAUGGAGGUGCCAACGAUGACAACAACUGGGAUGCUCCUGGUCCUUCUAAGGAGUUUGCUCCAGUGAAAGCACAGUACGACUCCGCUGGACCUCCUCGUAACGACACUUGCCGCAACUGUGGCCAGUCUGGUCACUUUGUUCGUGACUGCCCUGAACCUCGUCAAGGGGGCGGCGGUGGCUGCUUUAACUGCGGCGAAGAAGGCCAUAACAAAGCUGACUGCCCUCAUCCUCGUGUCUUCAAAGGCACUUGCCGUAUCUGCAAUGAAGAAGGUCAUCCUGCGAUGGAAUGUCCUCAGAAGCCCGCUGAAGUUUGCAAGAACUGCCGCAAGGAGGGCCAUAAGAUUGCUGAGUGCAAGGAAAACCGUCAGUUUGACUUGAAUUGCGUUGCAGACGAAACCCCUGAACAGGCUUGGGCCAUGAUCAAGAAAGCGGAUGCCGAGCGCGACCUUGAUGACUUUCGUGAAGCGCUCAAAGUGUACAUGAAAGCGGACCCAACCAAGACCUUCGUCGACAUCGAGAAGCAGCUACGUGCAGAGGGAGCUAAAAUCUACCUGAUCGCUCUUGAAAAGCAAAAGGAAGGAUCCGAAGCGUACACUUUGAUUGACCUCCAGGGAAAACUGGACUGCACCUACGUCGUAAAGCUCUUCUUCAGUCCUGACCCCCGUCGCGGAACCUUGAAAGAGCGUUGGCCUACAACUCCUGAAGAGAACCUUGAGCGUCUUGCUGAUGCUGGCUUUGAGUAUGAUCGAAUGAUCCCCAAAUGUUCGAAUUGUGGAGAGAUGGGUCACAUAUCCAGGGCCUGCAAACAGGAGCGUGUAGAGUUCGAACGUGUCGAGAUCAAAUGUGUCAAUUGCUCUGAGGUUGGACAUCGUGCUCGUGACUGCACUCAGCCACGCAAGAGCAAGUUCGGCUGCCGCAACUGCGGUGCUAGCGAUCACAAGGCUGCGGAGUGCACUGAGCCUCCUAAUAUGGACAACGUCGAGUGCCGCCGUUGCAACGAUACUGGCCAUUUCGCGAAAGACUGCCCAUCUGCGUCCAAAGUUGCUAAGGCUUGUCGUAAGUGUGGUGCUGAGGAUCAUCUCUCGCGUGAUUGCGACCAGCCUCAGAACAUGGAUCUGAUCACGUGUAACAACUGUGAUGAGACUGGCCAUUACGGUCGUGAUUGCCCCAAGCCUCGAGACUGGUCCCGCGUGAAGUGCACUAACUGCGGAGAAAUGGGGCACACCCACCGCCGUUGCUCCAAGCCAGCGGCGGAGGAUGGUGGCGAUGGCGGUUGGAACGCUGGAGGAGUAUCUGCAGCCGAAUUUACCUGGUAG